UGAGUAAAAACAGGGAAGUGGGUCUAGUCAUUGUACCCAAACUAGUUUUGAUGAACACAAAAGAAAUGCCAUCUUCUCUUCGUGCUUUUAUCACAGUCUCUCUGCUGACAUCGUGUGAUGGAGUCAUGGAGACAGUGGUCGGUGUUGCGGGCAGGACGGUGUCUCUUCCCUGCCGGUAUGACACGGCCACGCAGGGCCUCACGGAGGUGUGCUGGGGGAUGGGACGAGGGCCUUCUCCGUUCGCCUGCGAGAACACGGUCGUCGCCACCAACGGAGUGGAGGUGAUCUACAGGAGGUCAGGCAGGCACCGGCUAGGUGGGGACCUGCAGCGUGGAGAUGUUUCCCUGAACAUCUACAACGCCCGCGAGGACGACUCGGGCUUCUACCACUGCCGUGUGGAGCUACCAGGGCUGUUCAACGACCUGACCUUCCUCGUUUAUUUAAUCGUUCGACCAGCAGCAGUCAUGCGCACCGUCGCCCCGGACUUUGUCCCAACAGCACCAGAACCAACACCUGCCAACAUCGACACACCUGGGUCGCCUUUCACACCGCACUACGGCAGACAAGCACCUCCCGUCACAGACUCCCCAGGGCUCCUCCUGCCUCUCACAGAGACAUCCGGGUCCACUAUCAAGUCAAGGAAGGACAGGCAAGGUGAGCCAGAUCCUGACAUCUUUCCUCUCAGCACUACGGGCCCAGUGAUGCAGCUUGUCAGAAGGACAAAGCGGCUCAUGGCACCUCCAUCCCUGGAAAGCUACAUAGGACACACAAUCAGAGUGGGAUUGAUCCUCUUCCUGCCGGGCCUGAUACUGACAGUUCUUCUCCGUCUGAGGCGAUCCAGAAAUGGCAGAGGAGGACCUGCCAGUUCCCCCAGUCCCAGAAGCAGAGAUCUCCUGGUGGAAAUACCUCUCAGUUACCAUGAUGCGGAUGCCUGGAUAUAUAAUGCUCCUACAGACAUAUAGAGAAGUUCUCAAUUGCACAUUCCCCACGUCCCCUCUCCUCCCCACGUCCCCUCUCCUCCCCACGUCCCCUCUCCUCCCUGUGUCCCCU